UGCCACUGGUGUCCAAGAUCUGCCCCAGCGACACCUACAAGGUGUGGAAGAGUGGCCAGAACCUGCGGGUGGACACCACACUGCUGGGCUUUGACCACAUGACCUGGCAGCGGGGCAACCGCAGCUUAGUCUUUCGGGGACAAGACACCAGCGCGGUGGUGAUGGAGAUUGACCACGACCGGCGGGUGGUCUACUCAGAGACUCUGGCCCUGGCCGGCCACGACCAGGAGUGGCUCGACACCAAGAACAUAGCUUUUGAGAGGAACAAAUCCGGAAUCUUGGGCUGGAGGAGCGAGAAGACAGAAAUGGUGAAUGGGUAUGAGGCCAAGGUCUAUGGUGCAUCCAACGUGGAGCUGAUUACACGGACACGGACCGAGCACCUCUCGGACCAGCACAAGGGCAAAAGCAAAGGCUGUAAGACGCCCCUGCAAUCCUUCCUGGGCAUUGCUGAGCAGCACGUGGGGCCCAACAACGGGGUGAGUGCCCCAGGCAUCACAGGACACUUUUUUCACGCCAACCCCACUGCCAUCACCCCCGAGGAGUACUUCAACCCCAACUUCGAGCUGGGCAACCGGGACAUGGGACGGCCCAUGGAGCUCACCACAAAGACACAGAAGUUCAAGGCAAAGCUGUGGCUGUGUGAGGACCACCCGCUGUCCCUCUGCGAGCAAGUUGCCCCCAUCAUCGACCUCAUGGCAAUAAGCAACGCGCUCUUCGCCAAACUGCGGGACUUCAUCACCCUGCGCCUCCCAGCCAGCUUCCCUUCCUGCUGUUUUCUCUCUCCUGCAGAAAUCCCCAUCUUCCAUAUCCUCAACGCUCGCAUCACCUUCGGCAACCUCAAUGGGUGUGAUGAGCCUGUCAGCUCCCUGCGGCACAGCCCCAGCAGUGAGGCUCCCUCACCCAGCAGCGACUCCUCCAGCGUCAGCAGCUCCAGCUCCCUCACCUCCUGCCGAGCGUGCGAGAUGGACCCGGCGCUGUUUGAGGUGCCGCGGGGGUACAGCGUGGUGGGCACCCACCAGGAUGCCCUGCGGGAGGAUGAGGAUGACCUGCUACAGUUUGCCAUACAGCAGAGCCUGCUGGAAGCAGGCAGUGAGUACGACC